AUGAGUGACAUAUCCUUUGCUGAUGUGGACAACGUUGAUAGUCCCAUUGCAGAUGCACUACUGGGAACCCCAUUGUUCGCAUGGAGUGGGCGAACCGGGGAUGCACUGAGUUGUAAUCUAGAGGCGCUCCUACCUAUACGGGGCGAUGCAGACGGGGGUGGCAUCGGCGCAGGCGUGGACCCCCGGUCCGUGAACGAACGCGAGACAGAACUUGCACGCGAAAGCGCGGGUGUGGACACAGAGGCCACGAACGACCCUGAACGAGACAUCGACAAGGACGACAUUGGUCGGCGAUCGAGAGGAGGUGAAGGCGCGGGCUAUACUCUCUCAACAACAUCCUCGCCAAGGAUGAGCUUGUUGAUACCUUCUCCCGUGAAUGUCCCGCAUCCAACCUAUUACGCGGCUCGCUUGGACGAUGACGAUAAGGAUCUGGACGUCAUCUCCCGCUCGCAAGAUUUCGUCUCCAACGUCUCCACACGUGCUUUGAUCUUCAUCCAAGCUGAGGAGCCCGUCGGCUUGAUGUGCUUCGUGGGUGUUGGCUUGGGCGAGGUGUCGACCUGCAACGUGAUCGUCGAGCAGGGCCAGAAGCUCUGCAAAGGAACCGAGCUUGGCCAGUUCCACUUCGGAGGAUCUACUCACUGCCUCAUUUUCCGCCGUGGCUUGACUGUGAAGCCACUUGAUCAAGACGGCGAAGAUUUGGUAGGAUCGAAGGUGCGAGUUGGCAAAGACAUCCUCACCGUAACAAAGUAG